GAGGCGGCUAUAAAAGCGAGGAGCCUAGCGGGCAGACGUUGAUCGCGCUCGUGGUGUCCAGUGUGAAAAGGCAGUUAGUUGACACCGCGGAUUUUUCUCUCCCGGGUUUUCUCCUCAAGUUUCGCUUGCCUGCCUUUCAGUCAGGAUGUCUGCCCGCGGCCCAGCCAUCGGCAUCGACCUGGGCACCACCUACUCGUGCGUGGGGGUCUUCCAACAUGGCAAGGUCGAGAUCAUCGCCAACGACCAGGGCAACCGCACCACCCCCAGCUACGUAGCCUUCACCGACACCGAGCGCCUCAUCGGCGAUGCCGCCAAGAACCAGGUGGCCAUGAACCCCACCAACACCAUCUUCGACGCCAAGAGGCUGAUAGGACGCAAGUUCGAGGACGCCACAGUGCAGUCGGACAUGAAACACUGGCCGUUCCGGGUGGUGAGCGAGGGCGGGAAGCCCAAAGUGCAGGUGGAGUACAAGGGCGAAAUUAAGACCUUCUUCCCGGAGGAGAUCUCCUCCAUGGUCCUCACGAAGAUGAAGGAGAUCGCCGAAGCCUACUUGGGGGGCAAGGUGCAGAGCGCGGUCAUCACCGUGCCGGCCUAUUUCAAUGACUCGCAGCGCCAGGCCACCAAGGACGCGGGCACCAUCACGGGCCUCAACGUGCUGCGCAUCAUCAACGAGCCCACAGCGGCGGCCAUCGCCUACGGCCUGGACAAGAAGGGUUGCGCGGGCGGCGAGAAAAACGUGCUCAUCUUUGACCUGGGUGGUGGCACCUUCGACGUGUCCAUCCUGACCAUCGAGGACGGCAUCUUCGAGGUGAAGUCCACCGCCGGGGACACCCACCUGGGCGGCGAGGACUUCGACAACCGCAUGGUGAGCCAUCUGGCGGAGGAGUUCAAGCGCAAGCACAAGAAGGACAUUGGGCCUAACAAGCGGGCGGUGCGGCGGUUGCGCACCGCUUGCGAGCGCGCCAAGCGCACCCUGAGCUCGUCUACGCAGGCCAGCAUCGAGAUCGACUCGCUCUACGAGGGCGUGGACUUCUACACUUCCAUCACCCGCGCCCGCUUCGAGGAGCUCAACGCCGACCUCUUUCGCGGGACCCUGGAGCCGGUGGAGAAGGCGCUGCGCGACGCCAAGCUGGACAAGGGCCAAAUACAAGAGAUCGUGCUGGUGGGUGGCUCCACCCGUAUCCCCAAGAUCCAGAAGCUGCUGCAGGAUUUCUUCAAUGGCAAGGAGCUGAACAAGAGCAUCAACCCCGACGAGGCAGUGGCUUACGGCGCCGCGGUGCAGGCGGCCAUCCUCAUCGGGGACAAGUCGGAGAACGUGCAGGACCUGCUGCUGCUCGACGUGACCCCGUUGUCACUGGGCAUCGAGACGGCUGGCGGCGUCAUGACCCCACUCAUCAAGAGGAACACCACUAUCCCCACCAAGCAGACGCAGACCUUCACGACCUACUCGGACAACCAGAGCAGCGUGCUGGUGCAGGUGUACGAGGGCGAACGGGCCAUGACCAAGGACAAUAACCUGCUGGGCAAGUUCGACCUGACCGGGAUUCCCCCCGCGCCCCGCGGGGUCCCCCAGAUCGAGGUCACCUUCGACAUCGACGCCAACGGCAUCCUCAAUGUCACCGCCGCUGACAAGAGCACUGGUAAGGAAAACAAAAUCACCAUCACCAACGACAAGGGUCGUCUGAGCAAGGAUGACAUUGACCGGAUGGUGCAGGAGGCGGAGCGGUACAAAUCGGAAGAUGAGGCCAAUCGCGAGCGGGUCGCCGCCAAAAACGCCGUGGAGUCCUAUACCUACAACAUCAAGCAGACGGUGGAAGACGAGAAACUGAGGGGCAAGAUUAGCGAGCAGGACAAAAACAAGAUACUCGACAAGUGUCAGGAGGUGAUCAGCUGGCUCGACCGAAACCAGAUGGCGGAGAAAGACGAGUAUGAACACAAGCAGAAAGAGCUCGAAAGAGUGUGCAACCCCAUCAUCAGCAAACUUUACCAAGGCGGCCCUGGCGGUGGCGGGUCCGGAGCCUCCGGGGGACCGACCAUCGAGGAAGUGGACUAAACUUGCACUCGAAUGAGGUUCCUGCCUUGAAUUAUCAACAACUUAAGGGGAGAAGAUCUGGGUAAAUUUUUUUUUCUCUCUCUCUUUAAUAAAGAAACCUGUACAGAAACUGGGGUCUUCCAGUGUACCUAAGCUCCUAAAGCCUGGCAUAAGUGUUCAAAUGAGAACUCACCAGAAUAUUCCAGCAAAAUAUAAACUACACUCUGGGGUUAAGUAUAAACUACUUCUUUCUCCAAACUAACCAAAACUGAGGCAGGAGUUGUCUUCUAACAGUAGCCACAGGUAGUAUGGAAACAAGUUGCUUUCUGUGACAUACAUUUGCCUGAAACCCGAGCCAGCAGGCAAGCUUUAAAGUGACUUAAUAUUGAGUCCAAAUUUAGUCAAACUUGUUUUAACUUUCAUAUUCUUGUAAAACAGCUCAAUUUAGGAGUUAAUGGCAAAUUCCAUUUUAGGAUGCAUUUUUUUUCCAGCAGUUAUAGUUACUUGGGGGGAGGGAAGGUAAUAUUUAAAUUUUUUUUUUUUUUCUGAUUUGAGGCUCAUAAUGCCAUUGCAAUGCCUACCUUAGAUAACUAUAAUAGAUUUUUUAAAAGGCAAACUACAAGAUAGUCCUGUAUUUUGUUAAUAUACAACUUGUCCAUUUUCCUAUAUAUCUGGUUUGAGACUGUUGCAGAUAGGAAUAUCCACUAUUGUAGGCUUAAGCUUUAAAAUUCACAUCCUUGGGAAAAGGAGGCUCAUGUUUAUUUUUUCAUAGAGUGGCACCUGCUUCUGAUUUGUUCUCUUUAAGGGGAACUUUCCGAGAAAUUCAAUAAAGCUGAUUUAAAAAUACAUAGUUAACCUAAUGUUUUUACCACACAUAGACAUUUUGGUAUCUCUUUCCAGGUGAUGUAGAUUUGCAUCAUGUUGUUCAUAAGAAUUGUAGAAACAAUAUUUUUAAUUUAGUAGUGGACCAUUUUGUGUCAGACGGUGACAUCAGCUUUUAGAAUAAUGCGAAGAAUUAUAAUUUAAAAAUUAGAACAGAUUAGCCUGAGAAUAUUGGGCUUUGGUAAUGACCCUCUCACAAGAGUUGAAUCUUACGUACAUAGAAGCUUUUUUCUUUUUUUAUCAAGUCUCAUUGGGGUGGCUGAGUAGGGGGCAAAAAGGCAAUUGUGAAAUUUUUUCAAAAAAAGCUUAAAUUUUUUUAAAGGUGACUGACCUUUAGACUCUGAAAAGCUGAAGAUGACUGCAGUUUACCAGUGCUAGUGUUGUCACGUUGGUGGAAAGUUUUCGAUGAGGAGGUAUUAAGGGUGUUUCAUUUGACUGUAGAUAGUAUCACAUAAAUAUUUGACAAACUACCUUAGUACUUAACAGAGUUAGGUGAAUGCUACCCUUAGAGUGACUUUUAACAUAAAUAGGAGUUUUACAAAGAUAAUACCCAUUGUAUUAAUCUUUUGUUAGUCUUUUAUUUGUCAAAAGUGUUUAUUUCUUGCCCUAACUUCAAAAUAUAAUGGAGUUUUUCUGUAAGUGGAGUUUGGUAUUAGCAUGAUUCAGACCUCACUCUAAAAGAGAUUAGUUUCUAAGGUAUCAGAAAAAUGGCUGAUGUUAGUCGCCUUGUUCCUAUAGCCUGGCCUCUGGUGACUUGCUAUAACACUAUUCUUAAUCUAUGUAGAUACUUCAUUUUCUGUUAUUUUGAAAAGUAAUUACUUGGAGGAGGGGAGGUAAUAUUUAGAUAAUUAGUUCUUAGCUUUCUUGAGGAGUGUUUUUUUAAUUCUGUCUUCUCAAAUCUACAUAGAGCUGAAUAUUACUAAGAUAAAGACACCAAAGUAGCCAGUCAGUGUUUCCAAAAGUCAGUUGAAACUGGUAACUGGGUAACUCCUGGGAACUGCAUAGCAGGUGUUAGAUUAGCCAUAGUCAAAUGACAAUGGAAAAAGCACUUGAUGUAGGACAGGGCUAAAUUACAGUUUUUAAGGAAUAAUUAGCAUCUCUUGAACUUGAAAAUUAGUAAAUUAUGCUAGAGACUAGUAGUCAUGACUAAAGCAAAUACAGCACUUAUGGAAUGCUAAAGCAUUGAAGAAAUACAUCUCUCAGAAUAGGUACUUAAAUUCUUCUUACCUGAAAUGUCUGAUUAACAUAGUUGUCCUUGUUCUAAGGCAAUAAAUCUAGACACCUGUCAAAAUAAGAUAUAACAGGUUGUUUACAGUAUUUGAGAUAUGUGAAAUUUCAAAACAAGCUCACUUUAAACAUCUUAUAGUAUUUAAUAUGUAUAAUGGAAAGCAUUAAAACUUGACUUGUACAUUAGGAAUAUUAAUGCUAUUUACAUUUUUAAACAAUGUGUACAAUAGGGUAUUUAUCACCUAUUCAGUACGUCAAGGACAUGUAGUGAGAAUUUAAAUGUUUACAUAUGUAUAAUCUUCAACAGGCCAUCUGGAUGAAGUGAAAAGAUAAUGUUUUUGUGAAUUUCAAAUACUGGGACCAUGAUAAGGCAUUCACCUACUAUAAACUGAAUGUAGUUUAUAAAAAUUGUGAAGUAUGUUCCUCUUGAUAAAUAACACUGGAAUUAAAUUGAAGUUUUGGAAAUUCUUAAAAAAUCCAAGCAUCACAAGACAGUUGCUAAGGGAAUAUAUAUAUUUAGGUUAAGGGGCAACAGGAAUAUUCAAUUGCUUCCAUUUAAUGUAUAAACACUUAGGUCUGAGUAAACUGUUUUGAGGGACUAUCCUUGAAUGUUAAAAUUAGAUUCAGAAUUUCAUUCUUGAAAGAGAAAUUAUGGGUCUUUAGAAAAGCCCAGUAUUUAUUUUUGAUAUAUCUCUGGGAAUGGGAAUGUUUUAGGGUAUAUAUGCAUUUUGAAAUUUAAUGGGAUACUAAAAGUUGAAAUGUCUUUCCCAUCAAGAUCCAUAGGCCCUUUCCUUCACCCUUUUCAGUGUAGAUUAGAUUAUUAUGUUUGUGAAUUGAAAUUUGGGGAAAUAAGCAACCAAAAAUGGAGUUGCUAAUUCAAAAUCUGACAUUUCUGUUUUCUAACAUGUACAGUUUUUUUAGUUAGGGUUACAACACUAUGGACAUCUGUCCAUUAUAGCUUUUCCAUAGUAUAAACAUACACUGUGUUCAGUUAAUGUCUUGGGCCUAGAACCUGAGACUAGCAAUUUAGUUCUAUUAGGUAAUAAUUGACCUUGAAUGGAGUCCCUGGGUGGUACAAAUCAUUAAGGCAAUUCAAACCCACCCAGAGGCCCCUCAAAGACAGGCCUGGCAAUCUGCUUUUCAAAGCUCACAACCUUGAAAACUAUGGAACAGUUCUACUCUGUACACAUGGGAUCACCUUGAGUCGGAAUCGACUUGAGUGCAACCAACAACCUAUGACCUUGGGGAGUUUGUCUUAAUUAGGCAAAAAAAUCUUUCCUUCAUGGAACACUCGGAAUUACAAAUAUUUAGAAGGUACCUUUAUCCCUACAUUAUGUGAAUUGUUUUUCUUUGCUUUGAAAAGGGAAAAAUUCUAUUUCCAGUUUAAGUUGUGAAUUUCUAAUGUCAUCAUUUUUAAGAAAAACCUAAUUGGUGAAAAAAUCUAAGCAAUCAGUGGGUCAUUUUUUAGAAUAAAUAAUGAUUUAGAGCUAUAAAAGCCAUUUUUUCUUUCUUUACUAUAACCAGAACUUUUCUUAGAGUAUGGUGAUACAGAAGUAUGAGAAAAUCCCUUCAGAGUUAUGAAAUGCCUUUAAAUAUUAUGUCCCUCUACCACCUGUGAAAUAACUUGUCAUGUAAUUUAUAUGAGUCAUUGUUUUGGUUUCUCAGUAACUUUUACCUUAGUUUUUUUCUGCAUUAGACAAACUGAAGUUAGACUAUGGUGAGUUAUAUUAGAUCUUGUGUUUUCUGUUAGCAUUUCUCCACUCAUUGGGAUCAAUUGCAAAGAGGUUGACUGACCUAGUAUAUUUAAUAAGUUCUUCCUGAUAAUGAUUGUGAGGUGAUUGAAUUCCAUCCAGAUUGCUUGGUCUUUGUCCUUUCUGGAGCUUCAGCUCAUUAUUUUAUUUCUCCCUGCUUCCCCACUUCCCCAAGUUAAAUUCAGUGGUGAAAGGCUUUUGACAACUGGGAUAUUCUCAUUCCUUUUCAAGUGACUCAUCUUAUAAUAAGCAGGUCUUGAGGCCACAGCCUCAACCCACCACUGCCAAUGUGUAGGUGAAUUUCAGUGUAUCUGAGCCAACCUGAACAGCUACCAACAACUGACUCAAGUGAGUGGAACAUGAAUCCAGAUGAUUACAAUUUUAUACCACUGUAACCAGUGACUGUGUAUUGUAGUCCCCUGUGUGGUUCAGUUAACACACUCAGCUGGUAACCGAAAGGUUGCAAGUUCCAGUCCAUCCAGAGGCACCUUUCUACUUCCAAAAAAUUAGCCAUUGAAAAACCCUAUGGAGCACAGUUCCACUCUUGACACAUAUGGGAUGGAUCACCGUGAGUCAUAAAUGUCAACUGGUUUUGGUAACCAGUGAUUGUGUGUUAACAAGAAGUGAUACUGAGACGGCAGUGGUGGUGGAGGGAUAUAGUGGGAUAUCUAUUACAUAUUUUUAAGUUUAUUAAGGACAUAUAUAAUCACUUACUGAGCAUCUCUUAUGCCAGUUAAGCUGUGGGAAUAGAAAAGCAGAAUACACUAAGCAUUCCCAAUCAUGUUGCAUCUAGCAUUGCCUACAUUGGUGUUGGAAAAAAAUAUCAACCAGAAUCUGCAUGUCAAUUUAGAAGCAAGAAGGAAUUACAAGACACAAGAUUUGAGAAGUGAAAAUAAGUAUAAAUGUAAAAAUAU